AUGACGACCAACAUGACUACCAAUAACCCAGACACCCUGUGGGUGGCUCACGGUUCAGAAGAGCUCGAGGAGGCCGACGAACCGCCUGAGAUAACCCUUAAGAAACAACAGUUUACUGCCAACGAUUUCCAGCGAACUACCAUUCGACCUCCUACUGAAAAGUCCUCUCUGUUGACCAAGGCUAUCAAUGGAAACUCAGACGACGACCUCUACACUCCCCAGACUAUCUCACGACCCAUGGCCAACACCCAGCGACGCCGCUCCCUUGUUAGCAACAUCAGCCUCGCUUCGACUGCCGAUCUCACGAGCGAUACUGGUUUUACUAGUCCUUCGAGACCGAACACACCAAGCCCUCCUCUUCCUGAAAUGGCCAUGUUACGCCUGCACGAUGGACGUGCUGCCGAGCCUACACAUGUUUCUUUGCUAGGUGCUGCUGUCAGGUUACAGCAAGGCAAGACUGAGGAGCCUCGCAAGCGAAGUAUUCAGUUUGCAUGCGUUGCCAAGCCCGUGGUCCAGGAACAACCCCCUCGAUCCCAACCUAUGGCCAAGGCGCCUUCGGCUCAGGAAGCUCCUCGCAAGUCGUGCAUCAAGUUUGCAUGCCCAGCUCGACCCGCUUCUACCCAGAACACUCCUCCCCGGUAUACCGAGAACUGCGCUAAGAAGGACGCAACACCAAAGGCCGAAUCUCCUUCAACCCCCAAGCGAAUGUCAGCACUGGCGUUUGCUGCACCCCGCCAGGUCACACCUCGUCGACACUCCAUGUCGCGUCCUCGAUUUCUCCGUGCCGAUUCCUCUGACCUUGUCACGGACAGUUCACAGUUCCACGAGUUUGCUAGUGGUAUCACUCGAGAGGACGAUUGGAUCCGACGUGAUAGCAAUGCUGUUGCAACCAAACUGACAAUCAAUGACACUCUGACCAAGGAGAACAACAUUCGACGUCUGGCUACCGAGGCAGAGGAAGAGGCGCAAGAGGAAGAAGACGAACUUGAGGAUGAGGAGGAUGCUGACGUUGACGACGAGGAUGAUGAGGACGGGGAUGAAGAUGAAGAUGAGGAUGACGAACUCGAUGUUGAGCUCGACGAGGAUGAUGAGGAGGACGAGGAGGACGAUGACGACUCUGACGGCUAUCACACCGAUGAAGAGACCGGCUUCGCUGACUCUGAUGAGGAUGAUGAGGACGAUGACAUGCGUCUUUGGACCCCUGGAGCCAAGUCUGUGGUUCAUAUCGGAUCGGGUGCUACUCUCAUGCGCCGCCCUUCUCUUCACGAGUUACAGUCUGACUCUUCUAUCACUACCAUAGACAAAGAGCGUGCCAACCGUCGCUCAAAGCGCGUCAGAUAUGCUGAGGAGGCUCCUGAUCUUCCUGAUAGCACUGACUUUGUCUGCGGUACACUGGAUGAGGACCGUCCUCUCGAGGAAGCCUACCUUUCUUGCCUCGCAGCUCGACGAAAUGAAAAGCUUCGCGUUAUUCCUCAGGACAUCGACCCUAGUUUCCCUGCCUCUGAGCCUGAGGAGGAAAACGAGGGUGAGAUCUUCAACCCUGUUCACCACUCGAGUGAUGAGGAUGAUGAGUUCUUCCAGGGCAAAAUGGAGGACCUUCAUCAGGAGCGUGACCGCCCUCGUCGCCGUCGCAAGAGCGAGCAUGCAUCUCCCAAGCGAUUCCGCUCUCCUCCCCCAAAGCGCCAUCACUCACCCCCACCCAAGGUCCGAGGCCGAUCACCCAAGCCUUUGUUUGACCGUCAAUCCCCUCGAAAGGCCAAGUCCCCAGCUCCUAUGCGGAAGCCCAUCACCACCCCUCUUGGAUCUCCUCGCUGCGGCCAAGUCAACUUCAACCUGGCUGGUCGCCCUGGACUCACUCACACCAAGUCUCUUCCUCGUGGCGGUGCAAUGUGCCACCAGCGAAAGCAGGCCCGACACAAGGUCAAAUACGACAACGAUACCCACAUUCGUGGUGCUAUCGAUAUUGUCAAGGGUCUGGAGAGUAAGCGUCAGCGACGCAAAGAGAAGUUCCACCAAAAGUACUGCAAUCGCGCUCGACGAGGCCAGAUCCCCGAGCGCAAGCCUGUUCCCGGUCGCGGCACGGAACGCAUGAGGGAACUUGGCCUUCUCAUGGCUGGCAAGAAGGACCAGACCAAUUAUGUCCUUUCCAUCUAA